AUGGGUAAAAUUAGUACCUUAUUGGCUAAAAAACUUAAUAAUUAUCUAUCAGAUUUCAUGAAAAGUUUUAAAAAAGCAUUGAAGGAUGACAUCAAAAACCUAGUUCAAGCUAAGAUGGACUCAGUCGUGCAGCAGCUAAAAGACGGCUUUAUUGUAACCACUAACUUUAUAUGUGAUGAACAGUCUUCCCUAAAGCAAGAAAUUGAAAAUAAUAGUCACAUAAUAAAACACCUAGAAUCUGAAACUCUUCGAUUUCAAAAGGAGAUUAAUGUUCUGACCAAUCGUUUAACAUCAAUCGAAAAAGUUUCCCGUAGCAAACAUUUUGAAAUUCAGUUAGUACCAGAAAGUCGAACUGAAAAUCCAAUGCUGUUAUUCCGCAACCUGUGUAAAACAGUAAAUAUUCAAAUAGACGAUGAGAACAUUCAUUCUUGCCGUAGAGUUGCCAAAUACGACAUCUCCUCCGAACGCCCUAGAAAUAUUCUUGUAACACUCAUUAACCCACGCUUAAGGGACCAAGUUUUAUAA